AUGUUCACCCUCUCUAAAAAGGAAUCCAGGGUACCUCCCACAUGUCUGGGCCCAGCCUCCACACAGGGCAUGGACAGUAAUUACCCGGAUGGUCUGGAGAGAGAAUGCUCUGGAAAACCAGACCAGAAGCUGCCAGAGCUCUAUGGAGUGGGUGAUCCCAUCCCCACAUUCUCCUCUGAUGGCUCCCACCUGUCCUCAAGAGGAAGAAUCAUUAAAUGGUUCUGGGACUCGGCCGAGGAGGGCUACAGGACCUACCACAUGGAUGAGUAUGAUGAGGACAAGAACCCCAGUGGCAUCAUUAACUUGGGCACCAGUGAGAACAAGCUCUGCUUUGACCUUCUGUCCAGGCGGCUGAGUCAGAGUGACAUGCUGCAGGUGAAGCCAGCUCUUUUGCAGUACCCUGACUGGAGGGGACAUCUGUUCCUCCGGGAGGAAGUGGCCAGGUUCCUGUCUUUCUACUGCAGGAGCCCUGUACCCCUUAAGCCGGAGAAUGUGGUUGUCCUGAACGGCUGUGCCUCUCUCUUCUCUGCUCUGGCCACGGUGCUGUGUGAGGCCGGGGAGGCUUUCCUGAUCCCUGCCCCUUACUAUGGAGCCAUCACGCAGCAUACCUGUCUCUAUGGCAACGUCCGACUUGUCUCUGUCUAUCUGGAGAGUGAGGUCACUGGGCUGGACACACGCCCCUUCCAGCUCACAGUGCAGAAGCUGGAGAUGGCCCUGCAAGGAGCUAAAUCUGAGGGUGUGAAGGUCAAAGGCCUCAUCCUCAUCAGCCCCCAGAACCCUCUGGGUGACAUCUACCCCCCAGAAGAGCUGCAGGAGUACCUGGAGUUUGCCAAGAGGCAUGAGCUGCAUGUGGUGGUGGAUGAGGUCUACAUGCUGUCCGUGUUCGAGGAGUCAGUUGGUUACCACAGUGUCCUGAGCCUGGAAAGGCUGCCUGACCCCCAGAGGACCCAUGUGAUGUGGGGCACAAGCAAGGUGGGUCCCUGGCUGGCCUUGGGGGUGUCAGGGAGGUGGGAAGGCAGAGAGGUGGGUAGAACUGGCUCUCUCUGUGGAGGGCUGGCCACCGCCUUGGGUGUCUUUCUCCUGCAGGACUUUGGGAUGUCUGGGCUCCGCUUUGGCACGCUGUACACGGAAAACCAGGACGUGGCCACUGCCGUGGCUUCCCUCUGCCGCUACCAUGGCCUUAGUGGCUUGGUCCAGUACCAGAUGGCACAGCUGCUCCAGGACCGUGACUGGAUCGACCAGGUGUACCUGCUGGAGAACCAUGCCCGGCUCAAGGCUGCUCACGCCUAUGUCUCCGGAGAGCUCAAGGCCCUGGGGGUCCCCUUCCUGAGGCGGGGGGCAGGCUUCUUCAUCUGGGUCGACUUGAGGAAGUACCUGCCCAAGGUCACCUUUGAGGAGGAAAUGCUGCUGUGGCGUCGCUUUUUGGACAACAAGGUGCUGCUGACCUUCGGCAAGGCCUUCCAGUGUAAAGAGCCCGGGUGGUUCCGCCUGGUCUUCUCAGACCAGGCCCACCGGCUGCGCCUGGGGAUGCAGAGGAUCCGGCAGGUGCUCAAGGGCACGUCCCAGGUGGCAGAAGACCCCCCUUCCUGUCAGACCCAGGAGCUGAGGGGCCAGCACACGUGAGCUGGUCAUUGCCUUGUGGCCGCUACUGCCAACCUGGGGCCUUCGGGAUGCGAAGACUGAUCAUGGCUGAGCCGUUUGCCAGGAAGACAGCCUUGCCCCCGAAGGACUGUUCCUUGUCUCUUGGUGGCAGUAGGAGGCUCCUUAAGUUGUGUUUGUCUUCAUCCAUCCCCUUCCCCCUCUAUUGUAUCAAACUGGGAGAAACUAGAAGCCUCUGUUGUGAGUAAUUUGUAGACGGAGGAGUCGUGACUGCCCUCAGCCCCCUGUGGACGUGAAAAGAAAACAAACAGCCUGUACCUUCUUUUUAGCAGCGCUUUCAUUCUUCCUCUGUUGCCAGGGAAACAAGUCAAAGGAACAACACAUAUAAGAGAGAGUACGCCCCCCAAAUAAAAAAGAGUGAUAAUUUCCAAACUA